UCCGGCAGCGGGGAAACCGAGGAGAAGCAACGAAAGGCGUCGGAAGUAAAGCUGAGAUUCUUUCUGAAACCCUCGGAUUUGCACAAUUAUCGCAUAAGGGAAGUGAACUUCGUUUAUAAACCAUUUCAACUUGUGGAUUAAACUUUAUUUAGCGUUUUUUCAAACGUGUAUCGCCCCCUUGAUGAAGUGGGAUGGCUGCAGUGCCGACUGGGCCUAGCAGCGCAUUGCCAGCAUCCCCGGCUGAAAUUAUUCCCUUCCCCGGGGAUGGGAGUUUCGAACCUGGGGAAGGGGAGCAGCUCGGCUGCGGUCGGGAGGGCUCUGUAGCCUCGGGGGCAGGACAGGAGCAGCAGGUCAGCGAGGACAAACGGGCAAGUAAGAAAAAACAGAAAAACAUGCUAUCGCAUGGUAACCCGGCUGCGCUACACCUCAAAACGCAAGCCCUGCAGGAACAGCAAAUGAACGGCUUGGUCAGUCCGUCGGAAAACCGACCCAAAAAUCCGAGACCGUCCACGGAGUACUGUGACAACAGCAGUUUUGGAGACGACCCGUGCGACAAAAACAAUAGCGACCAUUGCUGCCAACAUGAGGACCACAGUCCGUGUUCGAAAGGCAGCCACCCUCACUUGAACAACAAUAGCAUGAACGGUAUGCUGACUAUCACAAGAACUGAGGCUAUCCAAAGCCACCCUGUAACGGGAGACCGCCCCGGUGGUAACGUUAGGAAAGGGGAAUGCGACCCCAAGGAAGCCCCUCGUCCACCGAGGCAGCAGCCUCCAGACUGUGAAGGCCCCGGCGAGCCCCGGGCUGGAGUAGAGAGUGAACCCGACGCCACAUACCAGCCGCCGGUGUCAGAACUAGCGAGACUGGAUCUGAACUGCUCGCCUGGCCGAGGAGAGGAAGAGAGCCAGGGGAUUCAUUAUGUCCGCUACGAGUCCGAGUUACAGAUGCCAGGAAUCAUGAGGUUGAUCACCAAGGACUUGUCUGAGCCCUAUUCCAUUUAUACCUAUAGGUACUUCAUCCAUAACUGGCCGCAGCUCUGCUUUCUGGCCAUGGUGGAGCAGGAGUGUGUGGGGGGCAUUGUGUGUAAGCUGGACAUGCACAAGAAGAUGUUUCGUCGUGGCUACAUCGCCAUGCUGGCUGUGGACUCCAAACACCGGAGGAAAAGCAUUGGUACUAACCUAGUGAAGAAGGCCAUCUAUGCCAUGGUAGAGGGGGACUGUGAUGAGGUGGUUCUUGAGACUGAGAUCACUAACAAAUCAGCUUUGAAGCUGUAUGAGAACCUGGGUUUUGUCAGAGACAAGCGGCUCUUCAGAUAUUACCUGAACGGCGUGGACGCGCUGAGGCUCAAACUGUGGCUCCGCUAGAGAGAGGAGGAUGACAGGUGCUGCCCACUUACUGAACCAACUCCACAGCCUCAGUCACACACAUACACCCUUAUGCACACCAACGUAUAUUCCCAUACAUAUGCAUACACAUAGACACACGCACACUACUCAUACAGACAUACAGCCCUCCCUUUUCGAUCCUUGACAUCUUGGAUAAUGGCUCUUUGGUCAAGGCUGAACUAACUGAAAGGACAGACAGAAAUCCCACCAAAUGUUUUUAUGAAGAGGCCCCUGCCUUGUUAGCUGUAGGACCCUGUGAGAGGGGGGAGGGGUGUGUGAUGAUGUGGUCUCAUGACAUAUAGCCUCUGAACUUUGAC